AGCAGCGCAGUUACUUAUAACAAAUUGCGUCUUGAACAAAUACUGAGCUUGACGAUUAGACAGGAGUUGCGCCCUUCUACGCAGAGCAUGCUCGCUGAGCUCUAAAGUGUUGCCCCCCGGCAGCGGCCGGCAGCAUGGUGCGGCCGCGCUCUAGCAGCAAGGCCCCAAAGCAGCGUGCUGGUGCGGGGCCCGGCAAGCGUAAGCAUGGCGGUGCGCCUUCUGGCGGCGGCGGCGGUAGACCUGCCAAGCAAAGCCGUCGUGAGGGCCGUUCAAAGCCAGUAGACAGAGACGUCUACGAGGCCGAAGACUCCGACCCGGAUGAGGUUAAGCACGCCGAGCGGUUUGACCAAGUCGACAAUUACGAGUACGAGCUGCCGUCAGACUUUGAGGAUGAGGAGAUUGACGAGGAUACUGCCUUUACCGAAGAGGAUAAGAAAAAGUUCGGUGCCUGGUUUGAGAAGGAGGUCAGCGCCGAUGAGGACGAGGGCGAUACCAUAGGCGACGACGACGGUGAAGACUGGGAUGAUGAAGACGAAGAUGGCGACGAUGACGAUGACGACGCCGACGAGGACCGCGGGCGAGGCAGUCGUCGAAAUCAGCCCAAGGAUGCCGAGGAUGGCGACGUUGACGACGAUGAUGAUCUCUUCCUAGGCGGCGAUGAUGAUGAUGAUGAUGACGACCUUGAAGAGGAGGAGGAUGGGGAAGAUGAGGGCGAGGACGAGGACGAUGAACGGCAUAGAGCCAUGCUUCGGGAGGUCUUGGAGGCGGCGGAGGGAGGCACGGGUUCUCGGAAGAAGGCUCGACGUGACCCAAAUGCUGCAGUGGUUUCGGAGGCUUACCCGGAGUCGGAGUAUAACCUCAACCCAGGGGCUGCCUCGGCAGGCGGCCUCGCCUCCCUAAGCAUUGCGGACCUCCUGAAGGGCCUCGCUCCCGAAGAGCGCCGCAAGCUGGGUGCUGCUCGGAGACUGCUGGAGAAGGUCGGCGGCGCAGGGGCGGGAGCCGAGGACGAGGAGGAGGGCGGCAGCCGGCGGCGGGGCACCAAGGGCCUGAAGCCUGUCUCGGUGCCUCUGCCGGGCAUCAUAGCAGAGCGGCAAGAGCGGAAGGCGGGGUACGAGGCGGCUUCGAAGGAAGUGUCUAAGUGGCUGCCUAUUGUCAAGGCCAACCGUGAGGCACCCACGCUGCGUCUCGUCUCGGGUCGCGAGGACGUCCCCCGAGUGACCACCACCGCGGCCCUGGUGGCGCAGCACACCCCCUCGGCGGACAAUGCGCUGGAGGCGGAGGUGGCGGCGCUGUUGGAGCAGGCGGGGGCGGCGAACACGGAGGCGAUUGAGGAGGCGGAGGAGCAGCUCGCACUCAAGGCCCUCAGUCUAGAGGAGGCUCGAGAGCGAAGGGAGCGCCUCGCCAAGAUGCGCUCGCUGCUCUUCUACCACGAGCUCAAGGCGCGGCGGCUCAAGGCGAUCAAGAGCAAGGAGUACCACCGUCACCUAGCCAAGGCCUCCAAACGCAAGGCAGCCAAGCUCGCGGAGGCAGAGGCGGCGGCGGGCGGGGAAGACGGCGAUGUGGAUGCGGAGAAGGUGGCGGCGAUCGAGGCCGAGUUCCAGCGCGCGAAGGAGCGGUUGACGUUGCGACACAGGAACAGCAGCCGCUGGGCGCGGCGGGCGCUGAAGCGGGGGCAACUGCAAGUGGAUGCGGGCACCAAGGCGGCCCUGGCGGAACAGUUGCAGCUGGGGCAGCAGCUCCGCCGCAAGAUCGAGGGGCGCAAGGGCAGCGGCAGCGACGACGACGGCAGCGGCGGCAGCACCUCCGCCUCUGAUGACGAGAUGCAAGCUGAUGGGGACGGCGGCGCGGCCGGCCGGGGUGGCUCCGGACGGCUCCGGAGUGCCGCACUGGACAUCCUGGCAGGGAAAGGCCCGCUUGACGAUGGCGAGGUGCCUAAGAAGGGCCUGUUGGCGCUCCCCUUCAUGAAGCGGGCCCUGGAGAAGAGGCGACUCGAGGCGCGGCAAGACGCCGAACAGCUUCUUCGAGAACUAGAGGAGCAAGAACAACAACAAGGGCAUCAGGAGCAGCAAGAGGAUGACGGCGUGGGAGCUCAAGGGACUUCCGGAAACCUGCUCGAAGCACUUGUUGGUUACGGUGUGCCUGCCGCCGCUGCAGCGACAGCGACCGCCGGGCGACGGAGGUUUGGCGCCGGGUCGGAUGCCGCCGCCGUCGCAGCGGCGGCAGCCGCUGACGCUGACGCCGGCGAUGACUCUGACCUUGACUCUGAUGACGCGGAGGAUGCGGAGGCCAAGGCAGAGCGCCUGGGCCGGCGAACCCGUGAGGCCGCCGCCGCCGCCGCCGCUACCAAGAAGCAGCAGCAGAAGCAAGUGGCUGGUGGCAAGAAGGGUCGCAAGGGGUCCACUGGGCUGGCGGCGCCGUCGGCGGCGGAUCAGGAGGAUCUCGACGCUGCCGUACGUGCCGGCGCCGCGGGCCGAGGUCUGCUGGUGUCCAGCUCUGAUGCCGGUCUUGACGCUCCUGUUGCUGCUGCUGGUGCGGCGGGGCGUGUCACGGUAGACGAGGAGACCGAGAUGGAGGAUGCGGAUGAGGAGCGGCGGGAAAGCGGUCGUGCUGCCAGCACACGCGCUGCCGCUGCUGCUGGCGGCGGCGGCAACAUCAUGGCUUCUGCUCGCGGUGCCUUGGCGGCGGCGGCGGCGCAGCAAGGGUCGGUUGCGGCGGGAGGCGGUCGUGCGGCGCUGUUUGAGGGGCCUGGGGAUGCAGCGCAGCAGCCCAAGUUCAUCGCAGCGAAGAAGUUUGGCGGCGCGAAGCCGGGCUAUGCCUUCAAGAAGGGUCCUCAGGGGCUGGGGUACUACUUUGAUGCGAAGGCGGCGGCCGCUGUUGCUGCUGCUGCCGGUUCGAAGGCGGCGGCGGCGGCCAAGGCUGCGGGUAAGCAGCAGCAGGGCAAAGGCAAGGCUUCAGAUGCGAAGGAUACCGGCAUUAAGGUAGCGGGUCAAGAGGAAAAGCAGCAGCCGGCAUCCACGCAAGCUGCAGCCGGGAAGGGCGCGCAGCAGCCGUCUGGCAAGUCCGCUGCGGCGCCUGCUGCUGCUGCGGCGGCCGACGUUGCUGCUGCUGCGGGCAGCGAUGGCGAGGACAACGGCGCCAUCAUGCGGCCGGCUACCGGCGGACAGCGCGACCUCAUUCGGCAGGCCUUUGCGGGUGACGACGUUGAGGCGGAGUUUGCUGCGGAGAAGGCGGCCGCGGUGGCGGGUGAGCUGCCGCAAAUCGAGGAGCCCUCGGCGCUGCCUGGCUGGGGCGCCUGGGCGGGACAGCAGCGGAACCCCAAGUGGAUGCAAACGGCGAAGGAGAAGGCCACGAAGCAACGCGCUGAAGCUGCUGCCAACCGUAAGGACGCGCAGCUCAAGUACGUGGUUAUCAGCGAGAAGUGGGACAAGAAGGCUGCCAAGUACACAGCUCCCACCGCGCCCUUCCCCUUUACCAGCCAAGAAGCCUACGAACGUUCCCUGCGCCAACCCCUGGGUCGCGAGUACAACCCGGAUGUGGCUUUCCGCGAUCUCACUCGCCCGGCCGUACUUAAACAGGCGGGUGUGGCCAUUGCGCCCUUGCGUUACUCGGAAACGUUGGCAAAGGAUCUGGGGAAGCGUGGGAAGAAGGCGGCGGCAGAGCGGGAAUCGGUCAAGGUGGUUACUGUGGCGGGAGGCAUGCCGAAGAGGAGCAAGAAGGGGGCGUGAGGGGGUGCUGUGUGGUGGCGCCAGUGGAGUACGGCAGUGUUGGCAGAGUCGAGCAAUGCCGUACUUGGUUGUGGCAUUGUCGGCAGGCAGGAUUGCUGCUUCAUGUAUUGGCCUUGUUGCUUGUGCAUGAAUGGAGUUGGCGGCAUGUAUAAGAGAACUCAAUACUAUCUUGAACCUUAAUCAAAAGUAUCGGUGGUUUCAUCGUAUGCACGGGAGGGAAGCGGCGAGAUCCGCUUGCCACCAGGGUUUGGGAGGCGUGUACGGUCCUCUUCACAGAACCGAGCUGUGAUAUCCGGUUGGUGUGCGUGCUUCGCAAGCCAUGGUUUCGUUUACACACCGGUGACAUGUAAGCAUUCAGAG